AGCUUGUAUUAGACUUGUCAAAGGAUAGCUUGCAUUAGAGUUUAUGGGCCUCAAGUCAUCAACCUUGCUGCCAACAUCUACAUUACAAAAACACACCCACAGCUUAUCCUACACUACACUUUACCUGUCCUACACCACCUCAUCUCACCUUCCUUGCCAGCUUGCUCCAACCCAGAAACACCAAGCAAUCAGCACCUCCCCUCUCAACGCUGCAAACCACCGUGCACCAACUCCUCCAUAUCACAGCCAUCAUCGCCACCCAACCAUACAACACCAACAUUCGCAACACUCCAACAACGCAGCAGCAACCGCUGAGCACAACCAGUGCCAAAACCGCAACCAAAUCAGCCCAAAAAGUCACACAAAACAGAGCAAAGAACAGAGCAAAAACAGAGAAAUUAGUUUGGUCGAACCCGAAUUAAGUUCGACCGAACCGAAAAUUUAGAGUUCCUGCAAGUCUGAGGUCCGGCCGAACCUCCAUUGAGUUUGGUCGAACAUUUGACCGCGUUUGGUUGUACGGAAUUAAUGAAGCUCGACGGCUACGAUUAAUUUAAAAUCGAGCAGCGAAUUUGGUCCUUCGGAUUGAUUGACAGUCGAUGAUGAUGAUCGACGGUGAUGCUUGGUGAUGAUGAUGUACGGCAAUUGAUAGACGGUGAUGAUGGACCGUGGUGAUAUACGAUGAUGGAGGAGGAGGAGCGAAAGAAAGCUACGAAGGGGGGUCUGCUUGUUUUUGGUUUUGGGUAAAUUGAGGGUACUUAAGCGGAAUAAGCACUCAUUCUCGAUAGCAUAAGGAAAGCAAAGCACGACUUUGGAGAAAGUUGACUAUAAAUGGAGAAAUUGGGUCAUUCGUAGGUAUUUACACCCACCCACUAUCCGGUGAUCAAGUGCGAGGUCCGGGCACGAGUUUGAUAGCUUGUAUUAGACUUGUCAAAGGAUAGCUUGCAUUAGAGUUUAUGGGCCUCAAGUCAUCAACCUUGCUGCCAACAUCUACAUUACAAAAACACACCCACAGUUUAUCCUACACUACACUCUACCUAUCCUACACCACCUCAUCUCACCUUCCUUGCCAGCCUGCUCCAACCCAGCAAGACCAAGCAAUCAGCACCUCCCCUCUCAACGCUGCAAACCACCAUGCACCAACUCCUCCAUAUCUCAACCAUCAUCGCCACCCAACCAUACAACACCAACAUUCGCAACACUCCAACAACGCAACAACAACCGCCGAGCACAACCAGUGCCAAAACCGCAACCAAAUCAGCCCAAAACGUCACACAAAACAGAGAAAAGAACAGAGCAAAAACAGAGAACUUAGUUUGGUCGAACCCGAAUUAAGUUCGACCGAACCGAAAAUUUAGAGUUCCUGCAAGUCUGAGGUCCGGCUGAACCUCCAUUGAGUUUGGUCGAACAUUUGAGCGUGUUUGGUUGUACGAAAUUAUUGAAGCUCGACGACUACGAUUAAUUGAAAAUCCAGCAGCGAAUUUCAGCGCAUUUGGUCCUUCGGAUUGAUUGACGGUCGAUGAUGAUGAUCGACGGUGAUGCUUGGUGAUGAUGAUGUACGGCAGUUGAUAGACGGUGAUGAUGGACCGUGAUGAUUUACGAUGAUGGAGGAGGAGGAGCGAAAGAAAGCUAAUGUAAUACCUGGAGUUGAUUUCUAGUGAGUCGUGAUUCGCACAAUGGCCCCCGUACUUAGGUAUUCUAGGGUUAAGAUGUUGAUUUCAAAGUACGCAAAUCUAGGAAACCUAGAGAAGCUAGAUUGUGAAACCCCACACAUUUAUGUGAAGAAGAUCGAAUUUGCCUGCAAUUAUUUUGCUACAGUGAAGAACCUACCUGAACUAAGGAAGAAUGAUGUUAUGGCAGAGAUGGUUAUUCAUUUCUUACCUUCCAAGAACCCAUACAUAGAGCUUAAGAACCGAUUUCGUGAUAUGCAUAUGGAAAAUGGUAUUCCUAAUGACUACAAGUAUGAUACUCCAGAUGGUAGAUGGAGAUAUGAUUUGGAGAUUAUGACUACGAUUAUAGAGCUUGCAGAGGAAUGUUUUGAUGAUGGUAAAACUGUAGAGAACAUCAACCUUACAGGAUUAGAUCAUGAUACAGAAACUCAAAUGGAUGAGGAUAUUGAUGAUGAUGUUGUUGAGAUUAAGAACCCUAAUCCUAUCAUUCCUUAACCCACUAUCGAGAUCUCCAGUGACACAGAAAUUGAGCCAGAAGCGAACAAUGAUGAAGUAAACAGUGUGCUACAACAGAACAAUGAGGAUAUGGAGUAUGAGUCUGAUCCAGAGGAAGACUUUGAUGACUUUGAAGACCAUGAGCACUCUUCACCAGUUUGUAGAGGUGGUUGGAUAGUAGAGUAGCAUUCUAAAAGACUUUUCUAAUGUAAUAGCUAGUGCUAAAAUUUAGUGAAGCAAUAAAGUAGUACACUACUAUUUAUGGUUUUAGUAGUUCAGUUUUGUGGUUUUCCGAA